CACUAAGACAAAACCGCAUACGUAUCCUACCAUUGAAAAAACAAAAGAGAAUCUUACGUUUUUUUCUUCUUUCUUCUUGUGCUGUAAACAAACAAUAGCUUUGUCUUCAGGCAAAGCAAAGACUUUGAGAAGAUGGUUCAGAGGAAGACUUGUCAAGCAACCGAGUCUUAUAAUCUCCAGCCUGAAACUCGGUUUUGUCAAGAACAUGUCAAGAGCCUUGGACCGGAGAUGAUGACGAUGAAGAAGCGGACAAAACCUAAAAGGAAGGUUAUAGACAGUUCGGUUUCUCAAUCAGGUAAGCCACAAACACCACCAAAGAAACAUGAUCUAGUUGCUGUUAAAGGGACAGGUAUGUCUCCUAAUUACAUGAAAGGCACCUCUAGUUCUGAGGCAAGGAAGGAGAACAAGAGUAGACUUAAUCAGAAGAACCAAACCGGUCUGAAACAUGAUUCUCGUCAUGGAGUUAUAAAAGAGAAAAGUAUCAAGAAGCCGAGUUCGAGGAUGGUUAGGGGUUUGACAAAGGCUCCAAGUUUCAAGAGAUGUUCACAGAGAGCUACUUGUUCCUCUACUUUGAAAGACUCCAAGUUUCCAGACUAUCUGAUGCUUCAUCAUGAUGGAACUGAUGAUGAAGUUAGUGGAACCUCUGUCUUGAAAGUCUGUCCUUACACGUACUGUUCACUCAACGGCCAUCUCCACAAGCAGUAUCCUCCUCUCAAAAGCUUUAUAUCCUCGAGGAGACGGAGUUUGAAGUCUCAGAAGAAAGCUUCUAAGGAAGAUGUUGUGGAGAUGUAUGUUGAGGAGAAGAAAGAGACUAUUGAGAUUGAUGUUGUUACUCAAAUCUCAGAAGCUAUCUCUGAAGGAGCACCUCGUUCUGAAACCGAUUCAGAUGAUUACUCAGAUACUCAAGAGAUGGUGAAGUUAUCAGAAAGUGAUGAUGACAUGGAGUUAAAAGAAUCUGGUAUGGAGGAUACUUUUGUAGCUGACUUUGUGAAAGAGAUCCAAGAGACUCAUGAGGCUGAUGAUUACUACUCUGAAGGUGCUGAAGAGAUGGUGAAGACUUCAGAAGGUGAACAUGGAACUGAAACAAGACAGUAUGAUUUGGAGGAGAGUCUAGUUAAAGACUCAGUGAAAGAGACUUCUUGUGAAGUCAAUGAUGACUCUGAUAGUGAAGAUAUGGUGAGGUUUUUAGAAGGUGAUCAUGACUUGGAGGAGACUCUAUUAGAUGACUCAGUGAAAGAGAUCCAAGAAAACUCAGAAGCAGAUGAUGCUAGUGAAGAUCACAAAGAGGAGCUUCAAGACCAAACUGAAGAAACUACAAAGAUUCCAUAUAACCGUAAACAAAAGCCAUGUAACCAAGAAGAGUCAGAUGCCACCAUUUCUUGGACUAUCACCAAAGGCAAGAAACCUCUGGCAGAGACAGAGGAUUUGAGGGAGUUCAACCCAAGAGAACCCAAUUACCUUCCAGUUGUAGCUGAUGCGGAUACUGAAAAGGUUGAUCUCAAGCAUCAGGACAUAGAUGAGAGGAGAAACUCAGAGGACUGGAUGUUUGAUUGUGCUCUGCAGCGUGCUGUUACCAAACUUUCCUCAGCGAGGAAGAGGAAAGUUGCAUUGCUUGUGGAGGCAUUUGAGACUGUGAAACCUGUUAUGCCACGUGGUAGAGAGCCUGCACCGGUUAUGAGUUAUGGAAGACACCUUCAGACCUGCAAUUAACAGAGGUAAUCAACUGAAUCUCUUAUUAAGAAAAACUCAGCUAAUAAAUCUGAUUUGUUGCAAGUUAUGGUUAUGAAAAAAGUUUAAUGGUUUCUGUGUGUGGUAGUAAUAUGAAUGAUAUGAUUCUCCUUAGUCUGUGAGGCGGACUUGGUGUGUGCUUUGGUUUGAGACUAAUGUAUGAGACGAUCUUAUGUAUUUGUCUAGUAAUAUGUAACUCUUUGAAACUCUGCAUCAAUUGAAUGUUGUUGUUGUUGGUUGUUAUAA